CUGCCCACAGCCAAGAUGGCGCUGGCGGCCUCAGGCGGCGGCGCGGCCGGUCCGUGCACGCUGCCGAUGCUGCUGCUGUUCCUCCCGUUCCUCCCGGGGCUGGCGGCCGGUCCCGCCGGGAUGCUGCAGCCCCGGGACACCCCCUCCCGCGAGCGCAGGGAGCUCGGCGGCCUCUGGAGCUUCCGCGCCGAUCUGUCUCCGGGCAGGGACGCCGGCUUCGCGCAGCGCUGGUACCGGCGGCCGCUCCGGCAGACCGGCCCUGUGAUUGACAUGCCAGUGCCUGCCAGCUUCAACGACGUGACGCAGGACCCCAGCCUGGAGAAUUACAUCGGCUGGGUGUGGUACGAGAAGGAGGUGCUGCUCCCCCUGCGCUGGCUGCAGGGCGAUCCCGCCCCCAGGCUGCUGCUGCGCUUUGGGAGCGCCCAUUACUACUGCAUCGUGUGGGUGAACGGGGUGCAGGUGGUGGAGCACGAAGGGGGGCACCUGCCCUUUGAGGCUGACAUCAGCAGCGUGGUGCAGGGCAGCCCAGGCACCCUGUGCCGCAUCACUGUGGCCCUCAACAACACCCUGACCCCCCACACGCUGCCCCCGGGCUCCAUCCGCUACAUGGCUGACAAAUCAAGGUACCCCAAGAACUAUUUUGUGCAGGACACCAAGUUUGAUUUCUUUAAUUAUGCUGGGAUUCACCGCCCUGUUGUGCUGUACACCACUCCUGCUGCCUACAUCGAUGACAUCACUGUGACAACCACUUCAUCAGACACUGUUGCCACGGUGCAGUAUCAGGUGGCAGUGGUUGGCAGCACAGCCAGUUCCUUGUCCCUGAGUUUACGUGACCAAGAGGGGAAGGUGGUUGCUACGGGUGAUGGCCCAGUGGGAGAGCUCAAAGUCCUCAACCCAAAACUCUGGUGGCCUUACCUGAUGCACGAGAACCCUGGAUACCUGUACUCCUUGGAGGUGAGGAUGCAGGCCCAGGUGGGCAGGGCCCUGCUGGAGGACGUGUACACGCUCCCGGUGGGCAUCCGCACCGUGCACGUCACCAGCAGCCAGUUCCUCAUCAACGGCAGGCCCUUCUACUUCCACGGGGUCAACAAGCACGAGGAUGCAGAUAUCCGUGGCAAAGGCCUGGACUGGGCCCUGAUUGUGAAGGACUUGAACCUGCUGCGCUGGCUGGGGGCCAACUCGUUCCGCACCAGCCACUACCCCUACGCCGAGGAGAUCAUGGACCUGUGCGACGCCUACGGCAUCGUGGUCAUCGACGAGAGCCCGGGGGUGGGCAUCAAACUGCCCGAGAGCUUUGGGAACAAGUCCCUGCAGCAUCACCUGGCAGUGAUGGAGGAGCUGGUCCGCAGGGAUAAGAACAGGCCCUCGGUGGUCAUGUGGUCAGUGGCCAACGAGCCGGCCUCAGAGCUGCCCCCAGCUGCUCACUACUUCAAGACAGUGAUAGCUCACACUAAAGCUCUCGACCCCUCCAGACCAGUCACCUUUGUGACAGAUGCUAAUUACGCUCUUGAUCGUGGUGCUCCCUAUGUGGAUGUGAUUUGUGUGAACAGCUACUUCUCCUGGUACCACGACCCAGGCCACCUGGAAGUGAUCCCACUCCAACUCACAGCCCAGUUUGAGAACUGGUAUAAAACCUACCAAAAACCCAUUAUCCAGAGUGAAUAUGGAGCAGACUCAGUGCCUGGGCUGCACAGUGACCCCCCCAUGAUGUUCACUGAGGAGUACCAGCAGGCCAUGCUCAGGGAGUACCACUCUGUCCUGGACAAGAAGAGGAAGGAGUACGUGAUCGGGGAGCUCAUCUGGAAUUUUGCUGAUUUCAUGACCAAUCAAGGGACCACACGAGUUCUGGGGAACAAGAAAGGAAUCUUCACCCGCCAGCGCCAGCCCAAAGCCGCUGCCUUUGUUCUUAGGGACAGGUACUGGAGGAUUGCAAAUGAAUCAAGCUGUCUUCCUCCUGCAAUGACAUCACAUUCCCUCUUCCUAAAAUGAAAACAAAGGGUUUAGUGGCUGGGGAUUAUGUUGAACUCGUUAUUAAAUCUCUGUUUAAAUAAGUUUUAUGCCUGAUUCAAGUCUUGCAAGUCCAAUGCGAUUUCUAGUCCACCUGAAGUAGUUACUGUGAUGCAAAGCAGAUCAGAAACUUUUGUUUCCUCUGCUCAGCCAUGUCUGGAGGCUUCUUGUUUCCAGGCAGGAAAACAAAUAUUCACUUUCAAGGAGCUGAAGUUAAGAAAUCCUGACUGAGGUAUCUGUUUAUGGCAAAAAAAAAAAAAAAUUACAAAUAUUACAUGAUACAACUCAAUGCUGAACUUAAAAUCUAAGUUACUCUAAAUGAACAUCACAUCCCUCUAAAGCAAAUGAGGUUUUCCAGUUAAACUCCCCUAAGAGUUAAGACUAUUGAGAUCACAGCAAACUGUCCACAGGAUUGCAGAGGAGCACAGUUUGUGCAGCUGCUCUGGCCUGACAGGAUGGAUGUGUGAGAAAUCCUGAGCAUUCCCAGCAGCCAGGAAGGGUGUGAGCCACCCAACAUACUCCAACAGAGAGUUUGGAAUUCCUGCUCCAGCAGCAAGGUGGAAUGUUACAGAGGGAGGGACUACAUCAACUCAACUUGAAAUCUAUUUAUUUUACAGUACCAAAACUGCCACUGUCAGACACAAACUGUGUCCAACAAUGCCACUUCCAUGCGGAAGGGCUUCCUUCAUAUUAAAUGUCAGCACAGGAAGAGCAGCCCAGAGGGAAAUGCUGUUCCAGACUUUUCUGAGAGUGGCCUGAAGCCCUCUGGGGCAGGGCCAGGUGGAAAUCCCUGUGCUGCUUCAGUGCUGUCCCUUUAGGCCUGCACACCAGCCUAGGCCAGGCUUUAGCCUGGCGUGGAUUACACCAGCACUCACAGAAAAACUCAGAAUAUUUAGUCUGCAAACUUCCCAGCACUGCCCCAAAAGCAGCAUCACAAGGAGCAGAAGAACAAAAGCAGAGGCUGCCCAAUGCAUUUGGGAAGUUACAAUUUGGAGUUUGAUUACUGGAAUUUACAGAUUCUGGGUGAAACUGGUGCCAUGACUCCUGUUCUGCAGCUGUGAGUGCCUCAGGGAAGUGACCAAAUCUGACCAUAUAAAGGAAAGAUUUGCUUUUCUCUUGUGUGCUGGCCAAAUUCUGCUCCCUUCAGAGGUGGUACACGAGGAACCAACAGCACCUUCCACCCUGUCCUGCAGAGUAAGGACACAGAGGUUCACUGCAGACUCCACAACAAUUUUUCUUGUGUUUUUAAGCAAAAAGAAACAACACUACAGCAUUCCUCACACCGUGCUAGGCCUAGAUUUUCUCUAGAACUAAACCUCCAGAAUAUAAAACUCUAUGCACAAUAAAAAGACAUUUGUUCAAACA